CACGUAUGCGUUGAACGAGUUCGCCUGCACUUUUCCCUUUGGCUGUGGCCCAGAGAUACGCAGAGAGAGAUGUCAAUAAACUUUUGUCCUUCAGAAAAUGCCAGUCAAUCGCAUAUACACACAGACGUGCACACACACAUGCACCUGUCUGUCCGUCCCGCUGCCGCCGCGCUAGCUACCGCCGACAGUUUGUCUUGCCGCCACUCGCAUUAGCAAGUGGGGCACGUUUCUACACGUGUCUCGCGCUUAGGCGCGGGCCUGGAACUGCACCUUGGCGCAGCCGACUCCCUUGGCCUGGGCCCUCAUGCUGCUGGCGCACUCCUCGAGGGUCAGCGCCGUGCCCGUGAGGUCGCGGACGCGGGCAGCCGGGGGAACGUCUGCCAAUCGCCUGAGAUACACACACAUCAAUGCGGCCGCUGCACUAUGUCUCGCCACUGUCUGUCUGCGUGUGUUACUUGACGGCGAUGUCUCCCAUGUAGAUGACGGCCAUGUGCGUCUUGUCGCCGCUCAUAAACACCUCCACGAGAGGCAUCUGCGCCUCGCCCGUCAGACCCUUGACGCCAUGCAGGUAGUCAGCCAACUUCAUCUGCACACACACACGCACACACACAUGGACGAUACAAAUCAUUCGACACACAUACGGCGUCUCCCCGGCUGACCACAUCAGCGAUGAGCACAUUCUUUGGGCACUUGACGAUGAAGCUGUCGGCCAGCGAUGCUGCGACGUUGAGCACAUUGAACGCCGACUGCAAGUCAUGUAAGCGGCAACCAACACACACACGGAGAGAGAGAGAGAGAGAGACAUACAUAUGGUACACAUUGUCCGUCCGUCGCGUACCAUGGUGCCAUCGCCCAUUUUGUCGAGGCAGUAUGUGUUGCUGUUGUACUCUUGCCCCCAGGGCAUGUCGAAAUGGAUGGCCGCGAACUUCGUGCCCUCCUUGAGCCACCGGGCUGCCAGCUUGGCCACCCUCUUGAAGUAGUCGCCGCAGCGUAUGAAGAGGCGCUCGAGGACUCCCACCCCUGCACACACACAACGCAGCAAUUUGGCAGCAAUUUUGCAUAUGGAUAUGUCAUAACAUCCGCCACCCGUUGCUGUGCUCUUGUCAAUGUUCGUACCGUGGGCACUGGCGUUAUGCUUGGUGUGUUCGACAUUGGCGGCGUCGAUGUCGCACGCAUAGACCGUCAGGCCCGCAGCCAACAGAGAGGCGGUCUGGCCGCCGACACCACUAAAUGCAUCGAGCACCAUGCCGACUCCCAGGUAUGUGACGAUAGUGGUGGUGAUGCAGUCGGCGAUGAAGCGCGGCGUGAUGCUCCUGCUGCAUUCACCAUUGAUGAAGAAAUGGAUAAGUCAAUCCGGGCAACAGCGUGAAUGCAUCAAAAGGUCCCCUCAUCUCACCGCAUGUCGAAGUUGUAUUUGACCUUCCGCCAUAUCUUUCCCCACAGCCAUUCGUUGGCCGUCUGCAUAAACACAUCCAAUGCAUCAGGCGCCACACAUGCAUUCGAGAACCCACAGACGGCCAGUCGUGUCUCAGAUGCAUUGGGGCUCGUGCAGUUGUACCCUUGCGUGUGGGCAAUUCGUGAUGAUGAUGGUCACCAGCCCCAUAAUGCACUCGGCACCGACGGUGGCCCCCUCGCCGAGCUCCUCGGGCAUGGCGGGCAUCUUGAAGACGAUGACAGAAACACGGGCAAGGUGCAGCCGGGGGACUGCCGCGCUGCAAAAGCCUUGCCGACGGGUGACGAGACGAUCUAGAGGUCAAAGAGAGGGAGAGGGUGGUGAAAAAGGGCUUGAUAUCAGCAGCAGGGCAGCGGCUGAUCGAAGGCUGGGGCCACGGCCCCAACACGGGCUACGCCUCCGAUCAGCCAGACUGACACCACUGGCAGGGAG